CCGGCCGUCGCCCCAGAUGGAACGCGCCAAUCCGCGCCGCUGAGCGGUCCCGCCCCGCCCCGGGCUGGCUGUGCCAUUGCUGGCGGCGGCCGGGGGGUGGGAAGGAAGCGGAAGGGAAAAGGGGUGGAUGCUGCUGGCGGCGCGGCGGGCACUGGGCUGGCGCUGCGAGCGGAGGAAGAUGAAGCUGCUGGCGGCGACGGCCCUGCUGGGGCUCGGCGGAUCCCUCCUGCUGCUCUUCUUCCCGGCCACGCACGCCGAGGAGCGCAAGAAGGGCCCCAAGGUCACGGACAAGGUAUAUUUUGACCUGCGGAUCGGGGAUGAAGACGUGGGGCGAGUCGUCAUUGGCCUCUUCGGAAAGACAGUUCCCAAGACCGUCAAGAACUUUGUGGACCUGGCCACAGGAGAGAAAGGGUUUGGAUACAAGGGCAGCAAGUUUCACCGUGUAAUCAAGGACUUCAUGAUUCAGGGAGGAGAUUUUACCCGCGGAGAUGGAACGGGAGGUAAAAGCAUCUACGGGGACCGUUUCCCCGACGAGAACUUUAAGCUCAAGCACUACGGGCCUGGCUGGGUGAGCAUGGCCAAUGCCGGCAAGGACACGAACGGCUCUCAGUUCUUCGUCACCACCGUCAAGACCUCGUGGCUGGACGGGAAGCACGUUGUUUUCGGCAAAGUCUUGGAAGGGAUGGACGUCGUGAGAAAAGUGGAGAACACAAAAACAGACAGUCGGGAUAAGCCCCUGAAAGACGUCACUGUUGUUGACAGCGGGAUCAUCGAGGUGGAGAAGCCGUUCGCCAUUGCCAAAGAGUGACCCGGGCCCCUCGGAGGGCCAGAGUCUCGCUACCAAGGGCUCGGGGGCCUGCGCUUGUCCGGAGGCCUCAUGCUGUCAUCCUCCAGCGGGUGGGAGGCGCUGCCAUGACCCAGUCCUGGCUGGGGGGCUCCAUUACCGUCACAGCGACUCAUUUCAUCAGCUACUGUGGAGAUCAAGGCCCUGAUAAGCUGGGGGGGGGGUUGUUUCUUUUGUGGGGGGGGAAAGGUAAGAAAGCACAUGGACCAAUAAAUGCAACCCAUUGUGUUUUUGUA